AUGUCAAGUAAAAGUAUAGUUUCCGCUGGUAUUAUUGCUAUCGUCCUUGGUUUUAAUUAUGUUUAUUUACCUAACCUUUUACCUUACGUAUCUGGAAUUUUAAUUGUUAAACCACCACCAGUUUUGAAUCCUCAAUUAUGGAAACAAUUCCCUCUUAAAGAAAAAAUUAAAAUCAGUCAUAACACUGCUUUGUAUCGUUUUGCUUUUUCCCAUCCAAAAGAUGUUUUAGGACUUCCAAUUGGUCAGCAUAUUUCGGUACAAGCAGAAAUCAAUGGUAAAUUAGUUCAACGUAGUUACACUCCAACUAGUUCGGAUGAUGAUUUAGAAAAAAUUACAGUUAAAGGACCUAAAGGACAAUUUAAAUAUAGACCAGGAUUAGUUAAAGCUCUUGGAAUGAUUGCUGGUGGUACUGGUAUAACACCAAUGUUACAGAUCAUUCGGGCUAUUUGUAAAAAUCCCAAAGAUAAAACAAAAGUCAAUUUGGUCUUUGCAAAUGUUACAGAAGAUGAUAUUUUACUAAAGGAUGAAUUAGAUACUCUCGCCGCUCAACAUGAUAAUUUCAAUGUUUAUUAUUCUUUGGAUAAACCCUCUCAAAAUUGGGUUGGUGGAACAGGAUUUAUCACUCCUGAAAUUAUACAAAAAUAUUGUCCCAAGCCUGCAAAUGAUAUAAAAAUAUUGUUAUGUGGUCCUCUCCCUAUGGUUAAUGCUAUGGCUAAAAAUUGUGAAUUAUUAGGUUAUGAAAAAGCUAGAAGUCUUUCAAAAUUAGAGGAUCAAGUUUUCAAAUUCUAA